AUGCAGUUCAAGAUCCACCAACCGCAGGAUUUGCUGAUCUACCCAAGCAGCAUACGCUCUAGCAAGAACCCGAAGAGGAAACCAGAAGCAAACUCACAGCAAGCAUCUGCACGCCGCUUUCCGUCUAUGGGGCAAUGUAACUGCACAAACACAAACACUCAGCUCUCCCCAAAGCGUCUCCCAUAUCAUGGCCUCAUAUCCGAGAAGCGACCCAAGACGAGGCCCCACAUACAUAAAAUAUCCAACCCAUAUCACUCUCUUUCGAGACAAGGUAAAGAAUCAUGUAUUCAAGCCACUCCCCACGCCGCCUACCAACUCGUCGCAAAGCAAUGUUCGAAGUCGACACGACCUAGACACAAGAUCUAGCUCUCUACUCACCUCCAUUCUCUCCGACGUACCAUCACACUGCAGCCACCGCAACCACUACAUA